UUUGGGCAUGCGUAGAGCAAAAGACUUGUGCCGGCCAUUUUGUACACCGAAAUUACAUUGGCGACCAAAUUUUUUGAAAUUAGAAAACAUUCACCAAUGUAUUUAAGGGAGGCUGUUGGUGAGUUAUGUCUGUUCUGGGGAGUCAGACUUUUCAGUCUAAACCAUUGAGAGCAGUUGCCAAGAAAUCCACCUCUAAACCACCAAGACUAUGGACAAAUGGUAAACCACCUUUAGUAAUGGAGGAAGAUAUUGAACAGAUGGAAACUAGCAGUGAGGUUAUAAAAACUGCUGAUUCAACAGUUCAUCAAGAACCAUGUAACAGUUUAAAAUCUUUAAAUGGUGCAGUGGUGGCUGAUAAGCCAAGUGAUAGCUCCCAUAAUGGUGUUGCUGAUGCGUCAGUUGAUAAAGUGACAACCUCCGUGCUACAUGUCACUGUAGAAAAUACAGACAGUUCUGAUCUACUGGAUUCCAAACCAGAAAAAGAUAAUAAUGGUGUUAUUGACAAUACUAACAGCACAUUAUUAGAUGGACCAACAUCAACCGAUGAUGAAGAUAUGUUGCUUAUGUUAUCAGACUCUGAUUCUCUGACAUCUCAGGAUGUGAAUGAUUUGGCUCUUAAUAAAAUUGUAAACGAUUCAUCAAAUAAUGAAAAUACAAAUGAUUCUGCACUUAAUAAAGAUGUGAACGCGUUAGCACUUAAUAAAGAUGUGAAAGAAUUAGCAAAUGACAUAGAUGUGAAUGAAUUGGCACUUAAUGAAGAUGUGAACCAAUCAGCACUUAAUGAAAAUGUGAACAAAUCAGCACUUAAUAAAAAUGUGGACGAGUUGGUACUCAUUACAGAUGAGAUAGCAUCAUCAUCCAAUAAAGAUGCUAAUGAAUUAGAAAUUGAAACAGAACCUGAUAAGAUAAAAGAUGUCAAAGCACAAGCUGAUCAUCCAUUGGCUAUUGGUGUAAAAGUGCGUAAUUCUGUUAGAGAUAUUAUGUCCAAAUUAGUUCAAGAUGCCAGCCCUGAGGUUAAUAAAAUACUCAGUAAGCCUAAAUUUGAGGAAGUGAUGAAGGAUUCUCCUCCUAAAUCACUGAAGCCAUAUUUAGACUAUAAAUCUGAUGCUAAACUUGUCAAAGGAAAUUUAUUUGAAAUAAUGUCUGCGGAAUCUGAACCUGAAGACAUGCAAUGUUCAACAAACCCCAAAACACAAAAUAAAAUUAAAAGUGGUGAUAAUGAAACCAGUAGAGAUACUGAUAGCAGUAUACCUAGUGAUUCACUUGAUCCAACAGCACAAGCAGAACAAAAUACACAAGAUCAACCAGUCUCACCAGUAUUAUUAGACUCAGAACAAAAUGAAAAUAAUACUGAUAGUCCAAAACCAGAAAUGGAUAAAAGUGAUCAGUGUUUGAUAAAUGAUAAUAUAUCACCGUCUUCGACAAAUAUACCGGGUAGUGCCCCUAUUACUUCCCCCAAAACAGAUGUGGAUGUUCGUGAUGUGUGCUCUCCCAAUUUAAAAAAUACACCUGAAACAUAUUCAGAAAUUAAUACUAAUUCUUAUCCGGCAUCCCCAAAAGGCUCAUCUACAACACAAUAUAGAGAAGCAAGUGUUUCUGCUCAUGAUACAAAUAGUUGCGAGUCGUUGACAAGUGUCAGUUGUGAUUGUAAUAGUGGUAAUCUGGCUUCUAGCUUGGAUUCAAUGGAAGAAUCUGUUGCAACUCCUUUAUCUUGUGAAAAUAUUCAGUCACAAAUAAAUAAAUCAAAUGAUUUGGUUACAUCAAAAAUGUUUGAUGAUUCCCCUGCAGAUAGUUUAGGGGGUAUUAAAGAAGUUAGUUUAAGUAAUUUUGAUUCAGACGAUAAUAGUAAUAACAGCGGAUUCUCAAAAAUUGAUAUUGACAAAAUUUGUGAUUCUUUAUUAAAUGAUGAUUCCAAACAUGGUGUUUCAGAAGAAAAGGACAAAGCUGCAACAAAAGAUGUUUUGAUGGAAACUGGUGAUGAAAAUAAAUUAAAGAUAGAGAAUAAAGGAGAUAUAAAAAAAGUAAAAUCACAGGAUGAUAAUUUCACUAUGAAAAAUGAAGAAAUGGAUUCAAAAGAGUUCACCAAGCUUGACACCAAAGUUGAAUACAAACCAAUUAUUAAUACAGAAAUGAAAUUAAAAAUCAAAGAGGAGAUAAAAACAUAUUUGAAAUCAGAGUCUGCAGAAGUCAAGGACAUUAAAUCAGAUGUGUUGAACUCUAAGUGUGUUAUUGAAGAUUCAAGUUCGGUUAGUAACAAAAAAAUUAAUGUUAUAGAAAAAAGCGACACGAAAGACGCUAAAUUAGAAACUGUUACGGUAGCAUGUGCCGAAAAAAUGGACAUAGAUGAAGAAAAUAAUUAUAAUUCUAAUAUUGAAUCAAAGAGUAAUACACUUGAUAAUAUUAAAGAAAAGAAACGGUCAAUAGAUCCUUCAGAAUCUGAAGGUCCUGCACCAGCUAAACGUUCACGGUUAGAUAUAAUGAUAGGUAAAUUAGGCGAUCAAAUAGGUAUAGCUCCUGAAAAUGUACCAGAUACAAUUAGUUGUGAAUCUGAUUCGGAAGAAGAAUCAAGGCAAGAGAGUGAUGAUGUUAGUGAAAUUAAAUCAGAUGAUGAAGACGUGAGAUCAGAUGAUAAUACAGCAGAUGAAACAGCGAGUAAGGUCACAGAAGAAGAUGCGGAUACUAGAAGUAUGCAGGAAGAGGUACAUGCUGAAGCUGAUGUAGAAAAAACUGACAUAAAAGUAGCUGAAAAGUCAGAAACAAAAACCACUGGCACAGAGGCCGACAUUGAAACCACUGAGAAAAAGAUGGACUCAAAAAAAGAAAAUGAGACAGAACCAACAAAGGAGGUCAUUGAUUUGAAAAUAACUGAAGAAUCAAGCAUAAUAACAUUAGACAAGACAGAAAGCAAGGCAUCAGAUACAGAAUCAGUUUUAUCAACAAGUGUUGACGAUAUUGAAAUGAUAUCUGAUCCAGUAAAGGAUGAUAAUGAUGUGACCGUAAUUAUCAGUGAAUCACCAGAGAAACAUCAAACUGAAAUUGUACAAGAAGCGACGACUUCCAAUGAAAAGGAAACUGAUCUGGAGAAAAUGGUGAGAAAGAAAGUACUUCAAUUGAUCAAGAGUUACAGAGAUGAGACUAUUGCUGACUUACAAAGAAAGAUAACAACAUUGACUGAAGCAAAUGAAAAAUGGAAAAACACAGCGAAGGAUUUACAUAAGCAAGUUGUUGACUUAACGAUUGUUCAACAUCGCUUAGAUAAAAGAAAAGCUGCUACAGCUGCACUCAAAAUAAUCACAAGUAGAACUAUUGGAUGUCAAGUUGAUUCUAACAGACUACCUCCUUUGAAUGGAUAUGAGGUAUUAAGUGCUCAAAAGUCCCCUCCAAAAACAACAAUUCUAUCUCCAAACCAACAGUAUACCUUUACUAAUGUUCAGAUGUUACCUGGAUCAACACCUAAUAUGGUUUCUAUGAUCAAACGACCAGCACCUGUUCAAGUUAACAAUAUGUCUCAGUUAUUAUCAGCGACAGCUGUAUCUAGAAACUCAGUAAGCAGCACAAACACUAUUUUAAGUUCGUCUAUACGACAAGCUGUGCCUGUGAACACUUCUAUGAGAAAUUUACUAGAAACUUCUGGGAAAAAUGCGAAAGCUAUUACAACCAGUCAAAUAAACAAUGUACUUAGUGGAGUUAGUCGGAGUGUUGUUACACCGAAUUCUACCGUUGGAAAUUCUGUAAAAGUGAUAGAUUUAACUGCUGAUGAAGACACUGCUAAAAAAAUAAACAAACCACCCCAAGGCAAACCUCAUGUUACAAUGAUGCCGGUAGCGUCUUUACCGCCAUCAAUGGGUUCACCUCAGAUUGUGCGUCCAAUCGGAACAGCUUCUUCAGGUUUACCUCCUGGUGCUUCAAUUCUUCUCAGUAGUGGUCCCGCAGGUACGCAAUUUGUCAACCCAUCAACGUUAAGAGGCAUUGGUGGUAAUUUACAAGUGGUAACUGUUAGUGGCAACAAUAGUUCUAUAAGAGCUGGUAGUUUAUUAACAGUCGUACCAUCCCAGUCUACAACCGCAACAUAUCCUCAAACAGUUAGUAUAACCACUGCAGCACCAACAUCAACUCUAACCACUAAAACCGUUACGUUAGAUACUAGUAAUAUAAUGAUGAGAACACCAGUACAGACAGUACAUACAGGACCACCACCAACUGUUAAAUCUAUGAUAUUAAAUACACCUAAACAUCCUGCCCCUCUACCACCUCAACCUGUUAAUAAAACCAGUAUGGGUGGAGUUAAAGGUUUAGUUCCUCCAAAACCAGACUUAAAAAUAUCCCGUGUUAGUCAAGGUAUUGUGUUAUCGUGGACCAUAACACACAAAUUAACACUGUACUCAGAAAUAGCAUCUUAUCAACUAUUUGCCUAUCAGGAAGGUUCUAGUCCACCCAACUCUAAUUUAUGGAAAAAGGUUGGUGACGUGAAAGCUUUACCUUUACCAAUGGCUUGUACUCUAACACAGUUUCAAGAAGGAAAUAAAUAUCAUUUUGCUGUCCGAGCCUUGGAUGUCUAUAACCGAAUUAGUGAAUUCAGUGAACCUAGCUCUAUACAUUUAUUUCCUAAAUCGUCUUAAGUGCUAUUAAAAAUUUUAAAAAAAUCGCCAUCAAAAUCAUGUCUCAUCAUCUAUCAUGACUUGUCAUCCUCACAUAAUUCGUCAUUUUACAUUUUUUAAAUACAGGUUUAUAUAUUGUAUGUCUGUAUAAACAUUGUUUUGUGUUAUUCUCUGAGAAACUUUAUUCAUAAGACAUCCGAGGAGAGUUCGUAGACAACAUACAGUGGUUAGAUAUCUUUGUUAAAUGGUUCAUGUGUUCGUAAUGAAAAGAAAUAUUGAGGGGCAGUACUAGGUACAUUUGGUGGAGUUCACUUUAAUCGAUUUUUGAAUGUUAUUUAAAUAUGGAUAGAUGUUUCAAUAAGUGUGUAAAAAUAUUUAGUUGAAAUUAGAAAUCAUCAUUAUUCAAAGGGCAUAUUAUAUUACAAAUAUAAAUUAUUAUUUCUUAAUAAAA